CUUACGUCUUUCCGAACUACAAGACCCACAAUUCAACGGUUGACGGCUAUACGACACUUAGCAGCAGCAUUGACGGCAGUGUCAUGGCGGCGUCCGGAGUCAGUUUCGAGAGCUCGAGCUGCAUCGAAGAAAGAAAGGAGAGCAAACGACAGGCACGACAAGAGGCGAUAGAAAAGGCCAAGCAGCGGUAUGAGAAGGAGGAAAGGAGGAAGGAGCUGAAGAGGCAGAGAGGGGAGGACACAUGGAUGCUCCCUGAGGUCAACCAGAGGCUGCAGGAGAUAGAGGAAGAGGGCACUGUGAAGAGCAAGAAGAAGAAAGAAAAGAAAUCUAAAAAGAAAAAGGAGAAGAAGAAGGCUAAGAAGGAGAAGAAGGCAGCAGAAGCAGGAGAUGGCUCUAAUGACAGCUCAGAGGACUCAGAGGAGGAGUGGGUUGAGGCUCAGUCUCAGACACAUACUGCUAAAGCCUGGCAGGUUCCUGAUGAGUCCAAGCCUCCAGAGAGCAACGUCAGCCCAGCGCAGAAUGUCCAGAGAGACGAAUGGAUGACCUUUGACUUCUUGGCAAUGAGAACCACAUCCACAGCAGAGAAGAGAGCUGAGAAAGAGCGUCUGAAAGAGGAGGAGAGGGCGAAAGCUCAGGCCAUCGAACAGGCCGGUUUGCACAAAUUGGAGCUAAACCCAUACUGGAAAGAUGGAGGAACAGGUCUGCCCCCUGAGAAGAUGGCGGGUACUGCAGCAAAAAAAGGAG